AUGGCCAACGGCAACAUGAUUCGGUCUGCGAAAUCCGGGAAUGAGUGGACUAUGAACGAAUUAAAUGCCUAUAACAUACAAAUAACUUUCCAGGACGCUGCAACAUUUUUCGGCGUGGUCCCCUUGCCUCCUCCUGCUGUCAGCCAGGACUUUCUCACUGCCCUUGACACCGACGACGCAGUUGAUGAAAGAGUAUACAAUCUCCUAACCCAAUUGGAUCUUGCCAUGCUCCCUUCGGAGCCUGAUGAGUCCACAGUCGACAAUUUUGCUAUACUCCUCUUUCAUUCCCUUGAAUUGCACCUCCUUGUUUGUGGGGAGACAAAGUAUGCAAAGCCUGACAUCUGCAUCAUUGAUCGAUCAGCCAAUGAUAUUAUCCUCCUCAUCCAGGGGGAUAAAAGGUUCUACAGUGGUGCAGACCCACACGCUCAACUCAUCACAGAGGCCAUUGCAGCCUUCCCAACUAACAACCUUCGGAGGCUGACAGCGGGACUUGAGAAACUGGACAGCAAGAUCAUCUCAGGAAUAAUCAUGAUUGGGACAGCUCCCAGUUUCUUCAAGAUUCCAGUCACCAAACAACUGUCUCAGUGUGUUGCACAAGGACAAUACCCCCUCUCUCCUACAAUCGUCACCAGGCAUGUUCCUGACCUCCCCCGCCCCAAUCGCAGGUUUAGUGAAGGCAUGAAGCCUCUUGAUAACCAGCAGGUCAUUCUUCAAUGCUAA